CUCAAUGCGAAGUGCACAAAGCCGCGUCUCGCGAAUAGCAGAAUAACAGAUUCUGAUCUUCGGCGUUUUAAAACAGGAUUUAUCGUCACCAAAAUUUAACUAGUUUGAUCUAAAAUGGUCGAGGCUAACGGAAUUCAACUUACCGAGCACGAAGCCGAACUGUACGAUCGUCAGAUUCGCCUUUGGGGGCUUGAUUCGCAGAAAAGAUUGCGAGCCGCACGGAUCUUGAUUGCCGGAGUUAAUGGACUAGGAGCGGAAAUCGCCAAGAACAUUAUCCUUUCCGGCGUAAAGGCUGUUACAUUACUGGAUGAUCAAGUCGUAAAGGAAUCCGAUUUCUGUUCUCAAUUCUUGGUACCACAUUCCUCGUUGGGAACAAACCGGGCGGAAGCUUCAUUGCACAGAGCUCAGGAGCUUAAUCCUAUGGUGGAACUGAAAGCAGAUACGGAACAGCUGUCGAAGAAACCGGAUGAGUUCUUCAAACAUUUCGAUGUGGUGUGUAUCAUUGGAGCAUCUACGGAGGAGUUGAUACGCAUUGAUAAUGUUUGCCGUGAAGCCGAAGUAAAGUUCUUUGCAGCUGAUUUGUGGGGCAUGUUCGGAUACAGUUUUGCCGAUCUGCAGAAGCAUAACUUUGUUGAAGACGUCGUUAAGCAUAAGAUUAUUUCGAAGCCCCAUGAGAAGACUAAAACCGAACUGGUAACGUCAACAGUGAAGCGUACGCUGGAUUAUCCAGCCUACCAAGCGGUGUUGGAUUUCGAUUAUAAAUCUCAAUCAUAUGCUCGUAAAUUGAAACGAUCUGGACCAUCGUUGCCCCUUCUUCGUGUACUGCAGAAAUUCCGCGACGACGAGAAGCGCGAUCCGUUGUACAACGAGAGAAAUGCCGAUUUGGAGAAGCUACUGAAGAUUCGAGAUGAAAUUGCCACCGAUUUGAUUCCGGAGGCAGCCUUCACUCAUGUAUUCGCCCAGAUAUCACCAGCAGCAGCCAUUGUUGGGGGCGCUGUUGCUCACGAGAUUAUCAAGACUGUGUCUCAGAAGGAGGCACCCCAUCAUAACGUAUUUCUUUUUGACCCGGACAGCUGCUGCGGAUUUAUUGAAUCGAUUGGGGGAAAUGCUUGAGCUUGAAGUGUAACUUGGCCAGGCAGUAUUAUAAGAAGCAGAGAUAUUCAUUCAAUAAAUAACAGUAACCCUCAAUAUAUAGUUUCAUGAUUAA